AUGACGGCCACAGACAAACUCCGCUCUACGGGCGCAAGCUCGGAAAGCACGAGAACUAUGCUGAGAGUUGUCAUUCUCUGUCUCAUCGCCGCCGCUGCCGUUUCCAGCCGUCUCUUUUCCGUCAUUCGUUUCGAGAGCAUCAUUCACGAAUUCGAUCCGUGGUUCAACUUCCGCGCGACCAAGUAUCUCGUUGCCAAUGGCUUUUACAAGUUCUGGGACUGGUUCGACGACCGGACCUGGCACCCUCUCGGUCGAGUCACCGGUGGCACACUCUAUCCGGGCCUCAUGGUCACGUCGGGUGUCAUCUACCACGCUCUGCGAGCCAUGACCAUCCCCGUCGAUAUUCGCAACGUCUGCGUUCUUCUCGCGCCUGCCUUCUCCGGCCUGACGGCCUUUUCAGCCUAUCUCCUUACGAAUGAGAUGACCACCUCGCCGUCCGCCGGUCUACUGGCCGCCGCCUUCAUGGGAAUCGCCCCCGGCUACAUCUCGCGAUCCGUUGCCGGCAGCUACGACAACGAGGCCAUUGCCAUCUUCCUCCUUGUCUUCACCUUUUACCUGUGGAUCAAGGCUGUCAAGCUGGGAUCCAUGCUCUGGGGCGCGCUGUGCGCCCUGUUCUACGGCUAUAUGGUUGCCUCGUGGGGUGGAUAUGCCUUCAUCACCUGCCUGUUGCCCCUGCACACCUUCGUGCUCAUCUGCAUGGGACGCUACAGCACUCGUCUCUACGUCAGCUACUGCACUUGGUACGCCUUGGGAACGCUGGCCAGCAUGCAGAUCCCCUUUGUCGGAUUCUUGCCCGUCAAGACGAGCGAGCAUAUGCCCGCGCUUGGCAUCUUCGGCUUCAUCCAGCUCGUCGCUUUCAUCCAGUACGUUCGAUCCGUCAUCUCCGGCCGACAGCUGCAGACCUUGCUCGCGGCCAUUGUCAUCGCUACAUUCGGCAUCGGACUCGUCGGCCUCGUCGGCCUGACUUCGCUCGGCUACAUCGCACCGUGGAACGGACGUUUCUACUCCCUCUGGGACACGGGCUAUGCCAAAAUUCACAUCCCCAUCAUCGCAUCCGUCUCCGAGCACCAGCCUACCGCCUGGCCUGCCUUUUUCUUCGACCUCAACAUGCUCAUCUGGCUCUUCCCCGCCGGCAUUUACUUGUGCUUCCAGGAUCUCCGCGAUGAGCACGUCUUCGUCAUCGUAUAUGGUCUCUUCGGCAGCUACUUUGCCGGCGUCAUGGUCCGACUCAUGCUCACCCUUACCCCCAUCGUCUGCGUCACCGGUGGCAUGGCCGUUUCCUACGUCCUCGACAUCUAUCUGAGGACCAAGUCGCCCGUCCCGGAAGAGGUUGAGGCCGCGUCAUCGGCGCCGCCGUCGAAGAAGGCCGCCAAGAGCCACGGUCUCCGCGGAAGCGAAAAGCCUUCUGUCGGAAUCUUCGCCUCGACCGCCAAGACGAGCGUCGUUUCCUCCUUGAUCAUCUACCUGCUCAUGUUUGUCUCCCACUGUACUUGGGUCACCUCCAACGCGUACUCCUCUCCCUCCGUGGUUCUCGCGAGCCGAUUGCCCGACGGGUCCCAGCACAUCAUCGACGACUACCGAGAGGCCUACCAAUGGCUCCGCCAGAACACGAAGGAGGACGCCAAGAUUUUGUCGUGGUGGGACUACGGAUAUCAGAUUGGCGGCAUGGCUGACCGGCCGACGCUUGUGGAUAACAACACUUGGAACAACACACACAUUGCGACGGUGGGCAAAGUCAUGGCCUCGCGCGAGGAGGUCAGCUAUCCCAUCAUGCGUCAGCACGAAGUCGACUAUGUCUUGGUCGUGUUCGGAGCGCUGCUCGGCUACAACGGAGAUGACAUUAACAAGUUCCUCUGGAUGAUUCGAAUUGCCGAAGGCAUCUGGCCAGACGAGGUCAAGGAACGCGACUUCUUCACCCGCCGCGGUGAGUACCGUGUUGACCAGGACGCGACGGACACGAUGAAGAACAGCUUGAUGUACAAGAUGAGCUACUACAACUACCACACCAUGUUCCCUCCGGGCAAAGCCGUCGACCGAGUGCGCAAUUCUCGCCUUCCCGAAGAGGGACCUGUCCUCAACACUCUCGAGGAGGCCUUCACCAGCGAGAACUGGAUCAUUCGCAUCUACAAGGUCAAGGACUUGGACAACGUCGGCCGCGACCUCUUUUCCGCCGCUGCGUUCGAUCGUGGCCAGAGGAAGAAGAAGCUGAACAAGAAGAGGGGACCCCGCGUGCUGCGUGUCGACUAG